ACGACUUGACGAGUCGAGCCUCGAGCCAGCCGAGCGAUUGAACUGCAGCACGAGUGACCGGCGACGGAUGCAUGCAAAUUGCUCAAUCGGCGCCUAUAAGUAAUCGGUGUUGUGUGCGUAAAGAGCCAGACCGCUGGUAGCCGAAGGCGAGCAUGGAAGCGGAAAAGAAGAAGCAGAUCCGCGUGUGGUGCGACGGAUGUUACGACAUGGUGCACUUUGGGCACGCUAACUCGCUGCGUCAGGCGAAGGCCUUGGGCGCUUACCUGAUUGUCGGCGUGCACACGGACGAGGAGAUCACCAAGCACAAGGGUCCGCCCGUAUACACCGAGGAGGAGCGCUACAAGAUGGUGCGAGCCAUCAAGUGGGUGGACGAAGUGGUCGAAGGCGCACCCUACGUCACCACCCUCGAGACCCUUGACAAAUACAACUGCGACUUUUGCGUUCACGGUGACGACACCACUAUGACCGCUGAUGGUGUCGACACGUACCAUUUGGUCAAAGAGGCUGGAAGGUACAAGGAAGUAAAACGGACAGCUGGAGUUUCGACAACCGAUCUGGUUGGUCGAAUGCUCCUCAUGACGCGGCAGCACUUUUACCGAGGGCAGCGGGAGUAUGAGGUGGGCAAGGAAGGCUCCAGUACCAUGGGCCAAGACUCGGCUGCUAGGAGCCCCUGGACCGGCUGCUCCCAGUUCUUGCCAACCACGCAGAAAAUCAUCCAAUUCAGCGAAGGCAAAGAGCCGAAGGUUCAUGCCUUAACUGCAACUGAAAUGCUUAGUUCAAUUGUGGCCUAUCAUCCCCAGCCUGGUGACAGAAUCGUCUACGUUGCUGGUGCCUUCGAUCUUUUCCACGUGGGCCAUCUCGAUUUUCUCGAGAAGGCCAGAGCAGAGGGCGAUUUCCUGAUCGUCGGCCUGCACACCGAUCCCGUCGUCAACAGCUACAAGGGCAAGAACUACCCGAUAAUGAAUCUCCAUGAACGUGUGCUCAGUGUGCUUGCAUGCAAGUACGUUUCUGAGGUGGUGAUAGGUGCUCCGUAUGUGGUAUCUGCUGAUCUUAUGGACCAUUUUAAAAUUGACAUCGUUUGCCAUGGAAACACACCAAUUCAACCUGACAGCGAAACGGGUGAGGAUGCAUACGGAAUACCGAAAAAGAGAGGCUGUUUCAAGUUUCUUGACUCAAGCAAUCAGAUGACCACUGAGAAGAUAGUCGAGCGAAUCAUUCAGCACAGGCAAGCAAACCGCGCCCAUCCCUCGCAUGUCAGUCUAAUUCAUUUUUCUUUUCGUCAGGUUGGAAUUUGAAACUCGCAACCAGAAAAAGGAGCUGAAGGAAAUUGCGGCGUUUGAGGCAAUGAAGAAGAGCCAAUUGCUGAACGGUGAAGCGUAAAUCAAAUCAAUGAGCCAAUUGUCAACAUUCACAUGGACCUGAUACUGAUCUCCACUCCUGAUUUAUCUGUCCGCAUUGUUUGAAGGUGGAUAUAUAUAUUGUCAUUCGAGACAAAAUGUGAUCGCCUAGUGCCAUUAUAGCACUGAACUUUUCCAACUUGCUUUCUUUUACACAGUUUUGCGAGGCCAAAGAUUGAUAUUUUUCAUAAUCAUAAAUGCAAUGUCUCAACUUUAGUUGAUAUAAUUAUGUUCACCUUGUCAUUUCCUUUAACAGCAAAGUUAUAAAUUUUAAUUCUUAUUGGAUUUAUUGUAAAUUUCGGGACCUUGUUGACAAAAAUAAACUUGUUCAAAUCAA